AUGAUGAAUUCUUAUCAGUUGGUGGCUUCUCGGCCGGGCUUGUCAGUGGUAUUCCCUGAUUGCGAGCUUCGAAGAGAGCUUCGAAAGAAGCCUCGUCCUCAUGAUUUAAAACUUUGUAAAGCCAUCCCUGGACUUCAGACCUUCACAUCAUGGGGCAAGACACCAUCCUGCUCCCUCUCCCUGUUCUCCAAACGAUCAACCCUGCUGUCAAGUCGCCUAGCAAAUCCGGUACUUAUUUGGUCUGGUCAUAAGACUCGAUUACUCAUGGAACCGAGUACAAUCGAACCAGCGCGUCAAUCGCUGAGUGGAACCAGUUCAACUACUACACAUUUCGGAAGCACCGCGACGUCGGAGGAACUCGAGAUGGAACCUCAGAUGGACGUUAAAGUCUCCACGUUUUCCUUCAAAGAGGGAGAGAUGCUUUCUGUUCGCGUGCUGAGAGAAAUGGGAUUUUAUCAGGUGGAAUUGACUGUCCGCGAGCCAGAUAUGACUCUUCACUGGGGGGUGGACGACUGGUCACUUCCUGAUAAAAGUUGGUGGCCUGAUGGAACUAUUACGGUCGGAGCCAAAUCACUGGAAACGUCCUUCACUUUUGUUUGUCAAGAUCACUGGCAAGUCCUCAUGAGGUUCUCGGAGACUGCAGCACCAAAGCACUUGGUUUUCGUACUAAGAGAUAAGGCAGGGACAUGGUACAAUAAUGGUGGUUGUUUCUCCGUGAUGGUCAAACCUUUGGAACUGAAAGAUCUCAUGAACCAGAUUGUGGUUCCAGAAACGAGCUACAGCAACUGGUCUUUGUUUAGUCGCUUCGUAUUAGCAAGCAAUCUGCUAGAUGCAGCAGAAGCCCUCGGUGCAGAAGGCAUGGCUUUAGUCUACACUUGGCUUCGAUUCUCAUCUAACAAGCAGCUAGGCUGGUACCGGAACUGCAACUAUCAGUCAAAAGAUAUAGCUCAUGUUCAAGAGAGGCUGGCAUCGUUGAUGGCACAGAAGGUGAAAAGAGGAAGGAAUUCGCCCGUGAGAUUAUUCGCCAGAAUGUCUCUGUCCACUCUCCCAAGGGGAGGGGGCGAUUCAGAACAGAUCAGAAUGGGAAUAUUAAACAUUAUGAGGGAACACGGCAUUAAAGAAGGACACAGGCCAGGCUUGGAAGAGCGUUUUCUGGAGCAAUGGCAUCAAAAGUUACACACGAAUACUUCCCCAGAAGAUAUCCACAUAUGCGAGGCAUAUCUGGAGUUCUUAUAUACGAAUAGCAUGGAUGCUUUCUACAAAAGCCUGUGGGACCGAGGAGGAGUAACGAAAGAAUGGUUGGAAAAGAUGGAUCAUCCCAUCAGCGCAAGACCACUUUUUCUUCCUCAGCUCAUACCAGCUUUCAAGCAUUUUCUAUGGGUGCUGAAGACUGUACACUCAGGUGCAGAUCUUGACGUGGCUAUGGAAAUGAGCAAAAAGUACAUGGAUGAAGACUUGAAGGACUUACUAUAUCACAUUCUUAGCAAUCGCAGCACAUGGUGGAUACCAGGAAAAAUUGUUGAAGCCAGAAAACGCAUGGAACCUAUUUGUCGAGCAGAUUGGUCGAGCAGGGAUGUUCUCAUGCUAGAUAUUGCUCUCGAUAGCUUUUUUGGGUUGAGUAUAUCGCGCAUAGACAAGGCAAGACUUUCUACGAUUGUUCCCGUCCUUUACAUGAGUCUUCUCUGA